AUGGCGGCCGCGAGCCGUCGGGUUCUGCAAGCCGUGCCCACAGCAGCACCAGCGGCCGCCCCCAGCGCGGGAGGCGCAGCAGCACCCGCGCCCUUACCCGCGGUCGGCGCACCAUCGACGGCGCCGCCAUCGUCCGACGCGCCGUCUUUCCCGCCGGCGUCAUCUCAGCUGAUAAUUACGUCCAACAUUAAGUCCGCUGACGUGUCCAAGUCUAUCGACCUUCUUAACUACCUCGUCUACACGACGUGCCCAUUCUUGUCCGUGAAGACCAUGUUCCUCCCGUCGAACCAGGCGUGGAGCGACGCGUUCGAGGGGUACAAGAAGAAGCGCAGCAGCGGCGGGCUGUACGACGCGCUCGACGCAGUCAUGAACGGCGAUAAGCUCAAGACGCCCAAGGAUAAGAGUCAAAUCGUCUCUCCGACCUCUCCGAUCUCCGGCCUCUCCGCUCUGGCUGCGGACUGCAAAUCGUUCGUAACCAGCGGGACGGUCAGCAAGGCCGUGAGGAGCUCGCUGUUCAACCUGAUGUCAUUUCACGCGACGGAUGCUGCGGUUACGAUCGCCGACCUGAAUGGCAAGUGCAACGCAGCUGGCACGACCUUCAAGACCGUGUUCAACGGCAACAAUUUGAACUUCAAGUGCAAUAGUACCAACUCUGGUUUCAUUUCCGGCUCGAACCUCCUCGCAUCCGACGCGUCUGCUGGCACCCCGUCUGCUGUCGCGAAGAUUGACGAUAAGUUGGUCGAUUUCUUUUACGUCAACGCGGUUGUGUUCCCGAGCGACAUGGCCUCCCUGCCUGCUUUCCAGUAUUCGUUCCUCUCCUUUCUCCAUUCCUCCACCCCCCUCACUCCCCCUCAAUCCCAAUUCCCCCCCCCCACCCUCUCCUUCCACUCUCAUUACUCGUCCCCCGUCUCUCCCGUUCCCCCAUCCCCUUCUCGCUCCCAUUUAUCCUCCCUCUCACUCCCAUUUCUCCUCCCUCUCACUCCCAUUUCUCAUCCCUCUCACUCUCGUGCAUCCUCCCUCUCACUCCCGUUCCUCCUCCCCCUCACUCCCGUUCCUCCUCCCCCUCACUCCCGUUCCUCCUCCCCCUCACUCCCGUUCCUCCUCCCCCUCACUCCCGUUCCUCCUCCCCCUCACUCCCAUUCCUCCUUCCCCUCACUCUUCUCCCCCUCGCUCCCAUUUCUCCUCCCCCUUACUCUCAUAUCUCCUCCCUCUCACUCCCAUUUCUCCUCCCUCUCACCCCCAUGUAUCCUCCCUCUCACCCCCAUGUGCCGCUGCCACUAUCUCGCGUCUCCUCACUGCGCUGCUCUUGCCCCCAACCACUUCACCCUUUCACUCCUGUCCAUCCCCGCACCCUCCUUUUCCCUCUCAGAUGCCAGGUGCCGUUGCCAGUGUCUCGCGUCUCCUCACUGCGCUGCUGGUCCUCGCCGCUGCUCUUGUUUGCGCCUUCUAGACCCCAUGGGGCUAGAAACCCACUCGCUCUACUCAUUGCACCUCUGGCAUGAGUACGUGCUCAACACCUGGCAGCGUGUAGUAUCCCUCGCCGCACUAGAGUGGAUAACCACUAUCCUACCGAUGGCCCAAGCCGAGGAUGAGGAGCGCCAGCGACGUGCGACUGCGCGCCGCGAAAGCCGCCAGCGCCGUCGAGAGGCACGUGUGGCGGAGUGGGUGGAGGAAAUUCGCGCUAUGUUUGACGAGGAGUUCGAGGACACCUUCCGGAUCACGCGGGAGGUGCUCGACCUCAUCGCGGAGAAGAUGGCGCACCCCAUGUCCCGUUUCGUCGAGUACAACAACGUCCCGUUAUCUCUCUGUUGCCUGAUUCCCAUCAAGUACUUUGCAAGUGCCAUGACAUAUCACGACAUGAGUUUCAUGUUCGGUUUGCCCAAGGGUCUCAUUCAUCGCAUUGUGGACUGCUUUUUGGUGUGGUUCCCCCGCAAGUUCAAGCGUGACUGGGUUCAAUUCCCUUCUGAAGAGUUGCGUGAGGAGAUGGCGCUGGACUUCCGCGCCAUCAAGGGCGUGCCGAACGUCAUUGGAGCAAUCGACGGCACACAAAUCGAGAUACGCGGCUAG